AUGUCUCGCUUUCCGUAUAUCAGCUCCCUGAACGAAAGCUGGCAGGAGCUCGUUGAUUGGGACGAUGAACUGUAUGACCCUCUUUUCCAAGGAGAAACCAGUUAUACAAGGGCUCAAGAAGGCAGCUACGUUGCGGGCCACCAGCUAUCGGAAAGCUACACGUCCGAGCCUACAUAUUUAGUAUCAGCACCUCCUUCGGUCGUUGACGAACCUCCGUCACUCGAGUAUACGGUUUCCGGCCCGCCAUCAAUCCUAGAUGGACAGUCAUCGUUCGAACAUGCAAAUGGAACUUCACUGUCCUUUGACACCAUAUCAACUUCUCCGCUAGCUGUCCAAGCAGAUAGUCAGUACUUUGGAUCGUUUGGUGCGUGCGACAGCAGCCUCCUAUCACCGUUAGGUGCUAUCAACGACUCGCCUAUCUUGGAUACACGCUACGAUCGUAUCCCGGAAACCUUCACCCCUGGUUCUCUCGAGAGCACAACUGAAACCGUCUUCAACCCCUAUGUUACGGACUCUUCCCAUUCCUUCAGUGGUCUGGAUGUGAGAGCCUCCCGAUUGUUCUCGAAUCUUGGUACAUGGGCAGAUCAGCCACGGAUCAUCGAACCGAUCGCAGAAGAUGAUGGGGGCAGAGCAGAAGUCGAGCCGAUUGCCAUUCCAAAUUCUUUUUCGCAGAACUACAAUUCGGCACUGCCGUCUUAUCGACGAUCAGAUGGCGAAUAUGAGCUACACAAUCGCAGCAGAGCCAUCACCAUUCCUGAUGCUACACCUGGACCUACCUACUACAACAACCGAACAUCAGCCUCUGCAUCAGUACGAAGACCUCCUCCUAUACUCUCAGUAUCGCCAGUAACUUCACGUUACCCUCGCGGUGUUGCUUUGUCUAGAAGCGCAUCGCUUUCUCGACGCAAAGCCUCCACUCCGUCCCCCUCGCCUGACUCCUAUGGCUGGGUGUCUUAUCACCCGAACCCUUUGACGCACCGAUUAGCACCCACGAGCACAGAGGGUAUGCCAGGUCGGGCUCCCAAAGGGCGGAAGAGAGCCCUGACUGCUGAGCAGCGCCGCCAUGCUGCGUUGAUGCGGAUUGUUGGCGCUUGCUCGAAUUGCCAACGACGGAAGGAAAAGUGUGACCCUGGUACUCCGUGCAGAGCUUGUCUCGAACACUACAAAGGGGAUUUAGUCAACCACCCUUGUCGAGACCAUACUCUUGUUGACCUUUCUGCGGCAUUCCUCUCUGACCGCCUAGGUUGGCAUCCAACCACUCGGCCCUUGGAAUCCUUCGUUCCGGCUGGUAAUUUCGAAAUUUCAAAAGAGGCUACCUACACGCUUCCUCUAAACUUUGGCUUCGGACCAACGUUUCCUGUCUCGGUACAUGCCGUACAACUCAACGACGACAAUCCCCUCGUGCACGAGCACAUCAUUUACUCCUGGCCACCACAGCCCUACACCGGUCCUUCGCACAAGCACGCCGUUCUCCCGGCUGUGCUAACAGCUGAUGCACAAUACCAUUUGCUGAAUACAUUAGACUCUCACUUGUCGCUACUAGUAGCGCAUCACUUCCGUGCGUUCCCGCUAUACUGCUCACCGCUGAGGAUCCUACGCGAUAUCUACGUCUUUUCGCGAUCUAUUCCAGCAAGCUCCCCUCACUACCGCAUACUACACCAGGCACUCAAGCUUCUUGUGCUGGUGCACAUUGGCGGUGAUAUAACGCUUCCAUCACGCUCAGAGAGCUCCAUGUUGGAGCAGCUCAUCCGCAGUACGAUGGAUAUACCCCAGGACCUCACUCCUACACCUUGCUUUAUUCGUUCGCAAUUUGGUGCGAUCAUGCCCGGCCUUGCUCUUAGCUUGAUGAAGGAUGUGCUCACAUCAUUGGAGCAACUUCUUUUGAACAAGGACUGCGACGAGUGGCCCAUCGCUCUGGCUGUUCUUACCACUGUCCUGAUGACGGUAGAGUCUAUUCACUACCACGCUGCGAAACUGCCAUAUCAUAACCGCUACAACGCCACACGCUCACCUUCUACUGAAGAGGACGUAGAAAUCGACGAUCAUGGUGUGAAAUCACUACUCGAAUUUUAUCGCGCGUGCUUCUCUGGUUGCCACGCCAGACUCAGACCAGACUGGGAGGGCGAGUCAAUGCAGUCUCACCAGACAGGUACACCCGAAGAUGCAUUCAUCCAAAAUUUGCGGGAGGCAAUUAAAAAGGCGGAAACAUCGAACUACCUGGCAAAGAAAGCCAAAGAGAAGAGGCAAGAUGAGGAUAUGGGGUACUUCUUCGACCGACUCGUCGCGCGCCUCUUUACCAUGAGGCCUUGA